AUGAGUGACCGAUAUCUAGAACAAAGGAUUAGUAUCAAAUUCUGCGUGAAAUUGAACAAGUCUGCAAGUGAAACCCACCAUCUUUUAAAAGAAGCUUAUGGGGAUGAAGUUAUGUCAAGGGCCAGAGUUUUCGACUGGCACAAAAGGUUUAAAGAAGGGCGGGAAGACAUUCGAGAUGAUGCCCGAAGUGGUCGUCCAGUCACCCACCGGACGGAUGAAAAUAUCCAGAAGGUCAAGGACUUGGUUUGUUCGAAUAGGCAGUUAACUGUGAGGAUGAUGGCUGAAGAGUUAAAUUUAGAUAAAGAAACCGUUAGGCUCAUUCUGAAAGAAAACUUGAAUAUGAGGAAGGUAUCUGCAAAAGUUAUACCAGGUAUUUUGAAGGAUGAGCCUAAACCUCGAAAACUUGACUUUCGGUCUGAUCAUUCAAAGGAAACUAGGAAAAAUAGCUCACGUGUGAGGGAAAAAGUAACAAGUUCUGAACCAUGGAGUCACCUCCAGUGCGAAGCUGGUGGGGAAAUGCCUCUGCCUGUAUCCCAUCCCAAAAUCCGUCCUGCCAGCCAGCUGCUGCAGACUUCAUCUUCAAUGAGCCUUCCCAGCAGGGCGGCUCAGGAUUGGUUCACACCGUGGUGA